ACAGUACUCGGCUUGCGGCCCGCAGAUACAGUAACACCGCUUCGAUGAUGGACGACUACGUGCUCAUGUCGGCGCCGUCGACCGUCGACGACCUCCGCGAAAACCUCGCGCGCCUCGAGCAGCGCUGGAAGACCAUGCGCCAGCGGCCGCGCGACCGCCCUGUCUCGACAUCGCCGUCGCUCCAGCCUCCGUCGCCGCUCCUGCGCGCCUACUCGGACACGCACGUCGACUCGAACGAGUACGCGACGCCGCCACCGCAGAAGGCCGCGCCCGUAACGCCCCACCGCGCGUCCGCGCCCGACGUGACGAGCCCGCCGCAGCUUUUCUCGCCGACGGCCGCGACCAAGAAGGCCAAGUACCUCGACAUGUCGUCGCCGGAGCGCACCUCGUCGCGCAUCCCGUCACCACUCAUUCCUCGCCAUAGCAACGCUGCGGGGCGCAUGUCGCCCAAUGUCGAGCCUCGCCGCAUUGCAGCGCUGACACAGGAAAACGUCUCGCGGCUGCCACGCGCGCCGCUCCAUGCCCUCGACCGCGACCAGAGCUCGAUCUGCAGCUCGUCGCACUCGCGCACGUCGCGCGGCUCGAAAUAUUCCGUGAAAACCGAUGGCGGCGCGGUCUUCUCGCGCUUGUACCAGCCCAACCACCUCCAGGACCGCGAUCUCCGCAUGACGCUGCACAAGGAGCGCCAGCGCAACAUGAACUGCCCGUUCAAGCCGCGCACGAACGUCAAGCACACGGGCAUUCCGCAGCCGUACUAUCCCGCGUCGUCGAAAGAGUCGGUCGGCAGCAACGGCAGCGCGGCCAGCGCCCAGACCGACAUCACACAAGGCCUCUCCGCCUCGAGCCGGCUGUACGACCCCGACUACAUCAAGAAGCGCCAUGCCAAGCUCGAGAAGCUCAAGCUCGAGCGCGAGCUGCGGCACUGCACGUUUGUGCCCCGCACCAACCGCAUCACCAACGACCGGCUCCUCACCAAGCCAUCGCCUACCACGUCGGCCGCGUCGUCGCCGCGGAAGGCGUCCGGCAUCCGCAAGGCAUGAGCAGCGUCUGUCUUUGGUCGUGCUCAUGUAUUAUAUAUAUUAACCACUGAUA